AUCUCUGAAUAUCCAGAUAAUCUGAUAAUAUUAUAGUGAACGAGUGGCGGUUUUUAAUUGAAAUUGCAAUAAGAAUUAAAAAUUCAAUAUCGCAAAAACAUUUUAAAAAUGAAUAAUGUCAAACAAACUGAACAGGUUAAAUCCAUAGUGUUGGAAGGUUAUGGAGGGUAUGAUAAAAUAAAAAUUAGAUGUUGGCCACUUGAAUUUUUAGGAUCAACAAGUGUAUGUGUCAGAGUCCAAUUAUGUGGUGUCAACUUUAGUGAUUUAUAUACUAGACAAGGUUUUCUACGUCAAUUAAAAACCCCCCGUGUGCUUGGAGCAGAAUGUUAUGGUACAAUAGAAACUACUGGAAAUGAAGUGAACAAUUUUCAAUAUGGAGACCGAGUAGUAUGUUAUGUUUGGACAGGAGGACUGUUUGGAGAAAAGGUUAUAGUGCCGGCAAAUAAUUGUUUUUUAGUUCCAGAGAGUGUUAGUGGUCAAGACGCAGUUGCUCUACCCGCCAAUUAUUUGACUGCGUACUUGAGUAUUUUUACCAUGGGCAAUAUACAACCCGGAGAUACUGUUCUUAUACAUUCAAUCGCAGGAGGUGUUGGGUGUGCUGCUACUCAAUUGGCAAAUACUGUAAAGGAUACAGUUGUUGUUGGAACCGCUUCCGCAUCUAAACAUAAACAAUUAAAAGAAAAUGGAGUUUCACAUGUGUUACAUCAUGAAAACUAUGAGACACUGGCUAAAAAUGUAUCACCAGAGGGUUAUGAUUUAAUUAUAGAUAGUAUUGGUGGACCAAAUAUUGAGAUCAGUCAAACAUUACUUAAGCCUUGUGGUCGUUUAGUCAUCAUUGGUGGUAGUUGUUAUAUUAAUGGAGAAACAUUAAAGAUUGUAAGAUCACUAUCCAUGAAGUGGCAAACAAAAAAUUUGGUUCCUCAAACUAUGAUAGAACAAAAUAUCACUGUUUGUGGUCUUCAUUUGGGUAUGCUAUUUGAUUCUAAUCCAAAGAAAAUUCAUUAUAUCAUGGAAGAAUUAUUAAAAAUGUUGAAGAAUAAAUUAAUAAAACCGACGAUUCAUGAGAUCUUACCAUUUGAUAAUGUAAUUGAAGCUCAAACAAUAUUGGCAGAAAGAAUGAAUUUUGGGAAAGUCUUAUUAAAGUUCAAUCAUUAGAAAAAAAAAGAUUUACAAGUUUGUUUGGUGCUGUAAGUGUCAUUAAUGGGUGUCUUCUCUCCUUAGUGUUCUUAUAUUUUAUAUUAUAUGUACUCUUUUUCUCAUAUACUUAUUGUGCCCUAUAGAUUGUAUAUUUUUUGUAAAAAGAAACUGUUUUAUAAAAUGUAUUUGCUGUGGAUAAUUCUUUGUGAUCUAACUAUUUAACUGAAUAAUCCAAAUCGUAAUUUGAAAAUUGAAAAUUUGAUUAAAUAUUAAAAAUAAAAUGUCUUUAUUUAAAUUUUAAACUAAUUAAUAGAUUUUUUACUGUUAUUUGAUAUAUAUAUAAAAAAUUACAUCUUUCUUUAAAAUGUAAAACAUAAAUACUAAAUCAUAUUUUUAUUUAAUUUACUUUUGCACAUGAUACAUAAUAUUAUAAUGUUUAUAUGCAAAUGCAAGGUACCUUUUUUUAGUUGCUCUUAUAUAUAUUUGGAACGCAAUUAGUAUACAAUAAGUUAUACUGUUGUACCUAAUGUCAUUAUACACAUAGUACCCUAUUUAAAUCCCCAUCUAAUUUUCCCAUAUUUAGUUAUUUAGAACAUUUUUCUUUAUAUUUUUAACUAAACGUAAUGUGAAUAUAAUAUGAUAAUUUGUUUUAAUUAAAAAUUCUAUUUAAAAAUGAUUAUAAAGUUUUAAUGUAGUUUACCUAACUUGUAUUGAGUUGUAUAUUCCGCAUAAUAUGUGCAUAUCAAUUUUAUAUUUAUAUUUUCUGUAUACAUAAUAUGUUGAUGUUAUUAUUAAAAUAUAUAUAUAUAUAAUAUACUAGCUGAAUAUUACCCGGCGUUGCCCUGAAAAAAAUUCUGAUUGUUCAACUCCUUUGGGUUGUAACACGCUGUGGAAGCAUUAUCUUUUUAAUUGUAAAUGAUAAUAAUGAUAUUAUAUUUUAAUGUAUAGCCAUCUCGACCGGCGUUAUCCGUGAGACUCUCAGCAGUAUAUUAUCAGGUAGGCGAUCUACCUGAGGAAGAUCGCGGAUCCCAUGUGGUUUGUACGCAAGUGUAUAAUUUAACUCUAAAGCAGUGAUUCCCAACGUGGGCGCUACCGCCCCCUUGUGGGCAUUUUUUAUUUUGAAGGGGGCGCUAAAGGGGGCGCUCAUCUAUCAUUUAAAUUUUUUUUGUUUAUAACUGAUUGUAAUGAAAUGUAUAACUACGUAGAAUAAAAUACCUAAUGUAAUCAACACAAUUAUGUAGGUAUAAUAUUUAUAGACACUUAAAUAAUAUCAAAAAAAUUAUCUUGACAGGUACUUGACGUUAUUAUCGGAGUUAUCGUAUAGAUUCCGAUUAGCGGCUAAUGAUUAGCCGAUUCCGACAAUGUUAUGUGGAGAUUUAAGACUAAUGCUGACAUCUAUUGAACCAGAUAUCAUUUCGUUAGCAGGAAAACAUCAACCUCAUGGCAGUCAUUAGUCACAUAAGUAUUUUUUGUAUUAUAAUUUUAUAUUAGCGAAUUCGAAAUCAAAUUAUAUAAUUAUUAAUUAUUAGUAGGUAUUUAAAUUUAAAAUUAACUAAAUUGUAGCGUUAAAAUGUUAAUGAUAUUUUGUCUUAAAUUAAAUAGCUUAUUAAAAAAUAAAACGUUUAUCAUUUUAAAAAAUUGAUUGGGGAAGGGG